GAUUUGGAAAAGGAGUUAAAUGAAAUGGAAGAUGAAGGAAGUGAAAAAGAAGAGACUGAUGAGAAUGAUCAACAAGAAGAGAUGUCCGAGAAGAAGCCGAAGAAAUUCCGUAAGACGAUUGUCGACGAUCGUUUCUUUUCAUUGGCCGAGAUGGAGGAAUAUUUGGAUCGUGAGGAACGACAGGAUACAAGCGAAGGAUUCUUUGACGACGUUCAAGAGGAUGGCCGAGAGGUCGGGGCUGGUUAUCGAUAUACGGAUUUCUUUGGAGGCGAUGGUGAAGUCGAUGAUGACGCGAAAAAGGGGAAAUUGAAGAAGAAGAAGAAAGCAGUGGAACGUGAUGGAGAGGUUCUUUUUUUU